AACCUCAAUUUAAACCCCUUUUCGCGCUACUUUAUAGAUAGAAUGAACAUGCUCAGAAUCAGAAACUCAUAAUUAUGGUCCUUUUGACGAAAUUCCCUCGUUUUUGUCCCCACCGUUGGGUUCAUUCGUCGACACUUCCCGCCAAUUCCAUUUCAACUGCUUCAACUUUAGUGACUUUCGUGGCAUUUUUAUCUAGAUAUUCUAGCAAGACAGACUAUCCGAAUACUCGCUAUUUUUCUAAAAUGCCGGCUGCAGAUAGUUCAAGUCUUUUAUUGAAGUUUACUAAAGUAAAUCCUGACGCUUUUCCACCUACAAAAGGGUCAGUAAAAGCCGCAGGCUACGAUCUCAAAAGUGCUGAAGAUGUAACUGUUCCAUCAAGAGGAAAAGCCCUAGUCGACACUGGAAUUAAAAUUGAGCUACCCCAUGGCUGUUACGGAAGAAUUGCCCCACGUUCAGGCCUUGCAGUUAAGAAUUUCAUUGAUGUUGGCGCUGGAGUAGUAGAUGAGGAUUACAGAGGUGUUCUCAAGGUAGUUUUAUUUAAUCAUUCAGAUGCAGAUUUUGAAGUAAAAAGGGGCGAUCGUAUAGCUCAAUUGAUCUGUGAGAAAAUCUAUUAUCCUGACCUGAUUGAAGUAGAGGAGUUGUCUGAUACUACUCGAGGUGAAGGAGGAUUUGGUUCUACAGGAACUAAUUGAUUUUUGGUUUUGUCUUAUGUUUCCUAAACUUACUUGUUCUCUAAACUUAAGCUGUAUUAUGUAUUUAAAAAUGUGAUUUAUUUUUAAGAAGGUAACACCUACGCUAUAUCAUUUUUUUAUAUUAAUUUAGUAUUAAUCUCUGGUAUUAAUAAAGUCCUUAUUUAUAAUUUGAAAUACAUAUUUGUAAAUAUAAUAUAAAGUUUUAAGGUUUA